GCAGAUUAAGAUUUUAACUUCGCGUCAUACACUCAUCCUGUUGUCCGGGAGUGGGCGAUCGCGAGAAGGUGCUGAAGGUGAAUUUCUGGUUUGCAGCAAAAUAAGGACCCAUGACCUCGUUUUCUGUUUGAUUUAGCCUGGUUCGGUAGAUUUUUAGGCCUGAAUAUGAAUGAAGUCUUACAAAACGCAAUUGAGACUGUUGAUGGUGCAAGGCAACAUAAGUGUGAAUUAGAAGGUCGACUGGGCCAGUUGAAUGACUGCAUAUCUCAGGUAUCAAUUACAAGUGAAAAAGCCCGUGAGGACAUUAAACAGCAUUUUGCUGAGUUGCAAUCAAAAAUUGUCAAAGAAAUACAACACAAGUCUAAAGUACUACUUGAUCAAAUCAAUGCUAUUGAGAAAGAAUCUUUAAAACCACUGGAAGAAUGUAAACAGAUCUUGGAUGAUGGAAUAAAAGAAACUGUGUCAGUAAUUGAAAAUGGUGAAAAACUCCUGCAUUCUGAAGACGAUACUGCAAACAAUGCAAAUAUUAAAAAAUUGAACAAAUUUACUAAUUCAGCAACAGGUCUAUCUUUAGAGAGUGUCCCUGAGGUUCCAUCUGUCACAGAGGUCGCUUGUUUAUCGUUUAAUUAUAAAGAAAAGAAUUUUAGCCAAGAAUUAUGUUCUGCGAUUAAAAAUCAUGGAGAAAUAAGCAAGCAAGCUCCUGUGCAAAUAACGGAGUUAGAACCUCUGCCUGGUGGAAUGGUAGUUACUUGGGAUGAGGCUGGUGAUGAUAGUGAAGUUGCAGAUUGGAUUGAAAAUGGAAACACUGUUUUAUAUAAGUUGCAGUUUUGUCAUGGAAAGGUCAGUCUAUUAACAAAACGUUCUGAGACUGAAUACAGUUCACACUUUUUUCAAGACACUUACAUUGGAAAAAAUAUUAGUCAUACCGUGCAAAAGUUAUCACCAAACACAGUAUAUACUUUUCGGGUUAGUCGUUGCCUCAUCAAAGGAGAUACUGAUAGUGAUCUAUCAGAAACAAAAAAUAAUUGGAGCCCGUGGAGUGUUUAUCAAGGUGGAAUAACGACACUACCAGGAUAUGAAUGGGCGGAUGUAAAAGACAAUGAAGGUUACAAUGUGCAAGAUAAAUUUCGAGUUGCAAGCAAAAGAAGCAACACAUCUCAAAUAUUAUAUUCAAAGGCUGGAGGUUAUACAGUCGGUUAUCCUAUAUUAUUCAGGAUAGAAAAUGAAGGGAAGUCUCAAAGUCUUGGAGAUGGAUUUGCUCUUGUUGCAAAGAUUGAUCCAGUCAGUCGUUCAAUCGUAAAGGAUGGUUCGUUAUGUGUUGCUGCUGAUGGUAGAAUAUUUAUCAAUGGUACAGAAUCAAAAACCAGAUUUUCCAAUUUUUGCAGAAAUAUGAAAAUACGUUUUCAAACACAAGAAAUCCAGACAGAAAUUGACAGUAUAUCACCUGGAAAAAAAUCCAAAGGAAAAUCAUCCGUCACACUACGAGUCACAAUCACAGUCAUGGAUAAAGAAGCAGUAUUUAAUUGGCGAAUAGCACCAUCGUCUGUGCUGUCAACGAAUUCGUCAAAUAAAUACUGUCUCGGAUUUGCUGCUGCGUUCAAAUCGCAAGGAUGGAAAUUUAGUGUGAUAUAAAGUAACUGAAGCUGCUUAGUAUUUUCUUUGUGUCUGACCAAAUUUAAAAUUUACUGUCAGUGAUGUAAUUUGAAUAAAUGUCGGAUAUGAUAGUGGUGUUGAUUCUAAAAGACAUUUCACUUUUAUUUGCCAUGAACAGAUAUCUCUAAAAAAAAUUAUCACAAUGAACUUGAGACCCUUCUAAGUGAAUGUGUUUAAUGUUAUGCUAGGUGCAAUUUUUGUCAACACAUUUUUAUUAUUUUAUUUUCUAUUUCAUCAACUGUUCCACAAUACAAUGUCAUACAGGGUCAGUUUCAAGUAGUAUUUCAAUUACUUUCGAGUAGAAUCUAUGAUCUGAACCUCUGAGAUCUGCUCGACAAACCGUCACCUGCUGUAUAUUAUGUAUUGUGUUUUUGAGUGUCAUUUUCGUGUACAGCUUUCCUUACUCAUUUCUUGCCUUACUCAUUUUCUGAGAAAUUGCAAUCAAUUUACCAUGUUCAAAAUGGUAUUAUGAUCUUAUUUUAUUGAGCAAAAUUUGAUUUUUACAUACGUCCAACUGCUGCUGCCAGUUCGUGAUUUUGUUAACCAUUCAGAAUAGUCCCGUCCAUUAUUGUGCUCGUUUCUUGCCAACUUGAAUUAUUUUUAGAUUAAUAAUAACUCAGGAAGUUCGUCAUUGUACUGUUGUCCUAGUUUCUCCUAGUCCUGGUUUAAUUUUUCUCAUUUAUUCAGCAUUUUUGUUUUCGUUGAGUUAACGGGUAGUUUUUUUACAUUUAUAGUGAUACUUUUUUUUAGGUUUUUUUGUCAGCAAUUUUGGCUGGUAUGGUAACAUACAUUUCCAUAAAUUCACGCAGAUGAUUUAACAUUUUUUAUUUCACAGCGCCAGUGGCCUUAUUAUGAGUAAACUCCGAAAUAAAGAGCAAUACUGCACAGAUCCCGGGGUUGAGAUAUUUUCACUUUUUUUAUCAUACAACGCGUUUACAGCAGUAUUUUUCCUCUUAGCAUAUUUUCAUUUUAAUGGGAUUAUUUUAACGGUGAAUUAAUUGAUUGUUAAGGCCAAGCAUGUUCUUAAAUGUUCUUGCCUAAAAAGGUACUGUCAUGUAUGGAUCGUGCUUGGCCGCAUACACAAGUUUUAUCCACACUUUUCACUACUACCAUCACGUUUUAUUUCCUUGCUUACUUGCAUUAUUUUUGUCUUCCGUAUUCAGAGGUCAUCAAAACGGAUUCUUUAUGACGUCACAUAUAUUACACAGCAGUAAUCUUGUUUUCCCUUUUUUUUAUAUUUUUGUUUUAUGUCUAUGCAUGCUUGCAUGUCAUUAUGCAGUAAGUUAUUAUAAUUUCCAGAGAUGAAAUAAAGCCAUAAAAAUACA